CAGACGUGAUCCCGCACAGUCAGAGGCCAGGACGCCACCAAAAGGGUUUGCCGGUCGCUCAGGUACAUCCGCCACGCCCACAGGCGUCGUCCGUGUGAGGAGCCAUGUCCCUGGAGUUCGAGCAGCAGAAGAAGUAUGAUUACACGGCGAACAGCAAUUUGGUCCUGGAAGCGGACCGCGGGGAAGGGGGCCGCCGUCGGCACGACGAGGCGACGGGAGAGGUGGAGGUGUGGGACGAGAAGAAGCUGUCGGGGAAACGGAUGGGCGAUCGUGUUGGGGGAGGGAGGACACGGGCGCCGGAGGUGGAGGAACGGCUGCAGAGGAGUAAAGAGAAGCGGGAGCGGGAGCUGAGGGGGCUGGAAGGGGGGAAGAAGAUAGCAGGAGGGAGGACGAAGGAGUCAAAGAAGGGCGUGUUUUCGGCUGGGAGGGGCGCAACGGUGCUGACGGAGACGGAGGCCUUGGAGGCGAUCAAUUACCGGCCCCGGCACCCGGAGAGCAAGCGGGCGUACGAGGAGAUGCUGGGCCUGAUCAAGGGAAACAUCGGGGACCAACCGCAGGACAUUCUGCGGGGGGCGGCCGACGAGGUGCUGGCCAUUCUCAAGGACGAGUCCCUGACCGACCCGCGCCGGUUAACGGAAAUUCAAAAAUUGAUCCGGAAGCUUUCGCCGGAGAAGUUCAACAAGCUCGUGACGCUUGGGAAGGGGAUCCACGACUUCAACACGGGAGGGGCA